AGAACAUCUCAGUAUUAAUUAGAAAGGACCGUUGGAAACGAAAGAAUACCCGGUGGUAAGGCGUAACGGAUAGUUUUUCCUUUUUCGAAAAAUUACAAGAAAAUCAGAAGAACGGAUUUCAGGUCAUCACCAUAAUCAAGAACUUGUUUUCUGCAAUCUUAUAUUUCCAAGAAACUCUAUUUUCCUCCCAGUAAUAACUCUUAAUCUCGAUCCCCUUUUUGACCAUCGACCAAGAAUUACAGCAGAGGAGAAGGCAUUGAUUUGAUAUAAUCAUCCAUUUUCCGGAAAAAAAGCUGUUUAGGGACUCAUGGAUCUUGGUUGCAUCGAUAUGGGUUGUAUUGAAAAGGAAGGGAAGGAGAUUUCUCCAGAGAAGCAGAGUAGUAGCGGCAGUUCUUCGAGUGAUUCUGCAACGGCUACUUCCAAAAUCGGAAAGGUACGUCCUUUUCUACUUCAAGUUUGUGUGUUCAGCCAAAUCGAUCCAAUCUCUUGUUUUGAUCGGGAAUCAGGAUAGUAGAAUUCAGUGUUUUAUCCAUUAAUUAAUUAGUGAUCCAUCUUCUUUUUGGCGCAUUUGAUUGUAAUUAUUCGAGUUUCGGUUUCUAGUAUUAUAUUAGGGUUAGAAUCAAGCUAUUUCAUAUGGAUUUUGGGGGUUUUGCCGUUUGACUGAAUUAGGAAUCGGAUUUUGGGAAAUUGGUAGCGUGCUUUUCAUUUAUUGGCAAACACGAUCUUGUGUCAUGAUUUCAUUACUUCUUGUAUGGUUCGUGGUGGCAAUUAUUGAUCUGAACUUCUUUUCCUUCUCGUGGGGUUAUGAAUGUCUUGAAAUGUCCCCAUAAAUCGAAUAAAAGGGCUAGACAAUUUAAUGUACUUCGUUUAUAAUCUCAAGUUAAGCCUUUCUUGAAGGACAAUCCCAAUGAUCGGAAAAUUGAAUCUUCGUAAUCCUAGUGUGUUUCCAAAAAGAAAUUAACUUCUUUUCUGCUGAUUUGACGAUGUAGAAACGUUAGGGUUUUGCAACUAAUUUGGUUGAAGAAGCUGUUGCAGGUUUUUUGGGGGCACAUUUAUGAAGUGUGUCUUUAGGAACAAUAAUCCCGGAGUUGAACUGAUAAUUUAGCAGGCAUUGCUUUUGUGGGUAGCUCUUUGAUUUCAGUGAGGGAGGCAGGACUAUACUGCAUAAACUUUCGAAAGAUGUUGUACCAAAAACGGAUUUUGCCCCUUUUCCCCACAUUUUUUGUUGUCUAUUGGCCUUGUUCUUGUUAUUGACUUUCUCAUUUCAGAACAAAGCAACGAGAGACUCUGGACAGUCCAAUUGGAAUGCUUUUAGCAAAUGCGCAUCACAGAUUAGGAAGCCCCCUCGUCGAAAGACAUCACCUUUAAACUGGUUUCCUCGGAAAAAGGUCGAUUCUUACUUGAAGAGGAAAAUACAAAUGUUACAGGAAGUUGAUGGAAUGAAUUCUACACUUGAUGAGACAUUGGGUGAUUCAAAUCCUCAUUAUUCCAGAGUUUUGAAAGAAAAAAUUGCUGUUAAAGAGGCUGCAACUAAGGCAAUGGAGGCUCGUAAGGCUGCAAUGAUUGAAGCAUCUUGGUGUAGGAUACUUAAAGCAGCCAGUAUUGAUUGUAAGGAUGCAGAAGCUCAGCUAGUUGAAGCAGAAAAAGUUGCAGCAGAAGCUUUUGAGGCUGCAACUGCCCUUGGAGUGACCAUGUAUGAUAUUGCUGAUUGCCCUCAAAGGUCUUACAUGAUUGAAAUGUCAACUACUAAAGGAGGGUCUGCCACCCACACUGUUUCAGCAUCUUUUGAAACUGCUUUUGAGGUUGAUAAGCAGGUAGCUUAUGCAGUGAAGUCUGCAUUUAGUAAGCUUGCAAACUGUUCAUCCAUUAAGGAAGAUGAAUUCAGGGAACUCCUGCGCAAAAUUAGCCAGAAUCCUGAUUCAGACGACUUUUCAGAUGGUUUCUCUGAAAUUGCUUCAGAAUGUGAAUCGGAUACUGGGUCAGAGUUUGAUGUGGUAUUGCAUGACCAUGGCUUUGUUUCUCAAGAUUGUCCUGACGUUAAGAAAUCUUCUGGCGUGAAUCAGUAUAUGGUCAAGAAAGGGCAGGUGUCUGAAAAAUUCAAUAUGGCCAAUCUUGCAGAACUGAUGCUGGAAAGACUUAAAGGUUUGCAGGAAGAUGAGCUUUCUUCUCUUGCCACUAUAGUUUCAACUUGUGGGCUAAGUGCUGUUCUAGCUCAAGAAGAAAGUGUCAAGAAGAAUGAUUUAGACUGCAGCACAAAUAAUCAAACACGCAUCCCCGUUCCCCGCAGAAUAUCAACAUUUGGAGCAAGGUCAUUUAGGAGUUCUGGAGUGGAUGGGCAAAGAAAAGGGAUGGAUGAUACUGAACUACCCAGCCUCGACAAAUUCCUGGUGAAGAAACUUACAAGACUUGAGAGGGAAGUGCUAGAAGCAAAAAAUGCCAGGGAAGGUGAUAAGCAGCAGAUUUCUGAGACUGAUAAGAGAUCAGGGGAAUUAGUCAGAAAAGAGGCUGCCAAUAAUGAUUCUGUUCCUGGACUUGGUGAUGUACUAGUGAAGCACUCCUCAAAGCUUGAGAAAGAGAUUGAAAAUGCCAGGAAAAAUAAUCCCACAACGAUCACCAAGAAACCUGGUAAGAACGGUUCCAGUCAAGAUGUUUCUGCAGUACCCAGCUUAGACAAGUUUUUGGUAAAACACAAGUCCAGACUUGAAAGGGAAGUUCAUGAAGCAAAGAGCAGAAGGAAUUUUGAACAAGUAAAGGAUAGCAAGGUUACUGACAGUAGAAAGUGUACUUCAAAUCCUGAUAUAAGCGGUGAAGAAACCAUAUCAUCUGAAGACAUGGAUCCUUCAAUGGAGAAGGAAAACAUUAGCCUGAACCAAAAUGAGGAUAAUGAUAUGGAUCAUAACAGAAAAGGUUCAUCAAUGAGAGGUCACCACCGCAGCAUGUUGAGCCAACAAAGGAGUAAUAGUCAUGACAGUACUGAAUCCGGUUAUGAAAGUCUGGAUAAAGUUUUAGUGAAGCAUGUGUCAAGGCUGGAGAGGGAAAAGCUGGAGUUCCAGGCGAGGGAAGGAGUCACUGCAACAAAUGUGAGGAGGGCAAACAAAGAAAAAACUGACAAGAGUUAUGGUGAAUCGAGCUUGGAUCAGGUUUUGGUUAAACACAAGUCUAGAUUGGAGAGGGAAAAGAUGGCGGCGGCAGCUGCUGCUGAUCAGCCAUCAGAGAAACAUCAGGUUCUGCACUCAGUUGCUCGUAGAGAAGCAAGGCAGAAAGAGCUCCAAGAUGCUUGGGGUGGCUUGAGCCUUGGCAAUUCCAUGCGUCCUCAUCUUUCUAGGCUUCAACGAGACAAGGCGAGUACUAAAUUCUAGUUCUACUGCUUUCCAUUUAAUAUUUUUUUUUUCAAGUGUAAAAUCCUUGUUUCAUUCUGUUUUCACAACAACAUAUAACUUGCGAGUGUAGUUCUGUUCUCAAAUGGUGCUAUUCUUAUUUGAUUCCGUUUAGGCUGCAUGGCUUAAAGCAGAAGAAGAAGAAAGGAAAAGUGCAAUGCAGAUAUCUUGAUCAACUUUGGCUUGUGGAGAACAUUCCUUCACGUUUUGCUUCCUUUUAUUACUGAGCUCUCAGCCCUUCGCUAAGUUCAGUAAACAUUUUCGAAGAAACAAAGCAGUUCUUCUUCAAUUAGUGAUUGCUUUAGUCUUUUGUUACUGUUUCCUCAUAGAAUGAUGAGGACUUUGUCCGAGACUUGAAUUUGUACAGAUAAAGUUUGAACGACGUAUUACAUAUCUGUUGUAAAUUGUAGAAAAUUUGACUAUUGUCUACUCAGAAUUCAGUGUUCUUUAGAAUCAAAAUCAUCUAUG